ACAAAUCUUGGAUUAGAUAUCUGGACAAUAGUUGUUUCCUGCUGUUCCUCAUCUCCUUUAAGAUCAACCGGAUAAAAUCGCAAUACACUUGCAUGAUUCUAGUGGGCCUUAGCCAGAUUGGCCAACUGUGUCUGUGCCCAUGACCCCACCAACCCACAUGCCCAUCCCUUUACAUUUCAUGCUUGCCCUUUUCCCCCUCUAUUAAACCCCCUUACUUUUGGGACAACAGAAUAAAAGACACAUCAAAGUUCAACUCUUGAUACUUAAUUUAACUGGUUUCAUGCUUAUGGAGGUUGCUGUGGAACUGGAAGAUGACCUAUUUUUUGCAGACUUGAGCAAGCAAAUUUCUCAACUAAUUAUGGAUGAAGAUGAAGACCCCCUUCCUACUUGUCCUCCUGAUUCUCUUCAGACUUUUCCUGGAUCAAUCUAUCCUCCUCCACAGUCUGGUUUCCUCUACGAGCAGGCUUUGAUAAGACAAAGCAAAGGGACAGGGGUGUUUAUCCCCCAAUCUACACAGCCUAGAAGGAAGCACAGGAAAGGAAGAUCAAGCUCAAACGCUAAGUAUCAAAAGCAGACUCAAGAUACAAAAACGGUUUCUCAAGUUCCUAUAACAAGUUCUUUCAAACCCAAAAAUGGUUGAGGAUAUAUAUAUUUUCCCACAAAUUAAACUGCAUAAGUUCUAUUGAUUAAUUACUUUGCCAAGUUUAAUUACUUACGGGUCUAAUUCUUUAGUCUUUAGGCAAUAAUGUGUGGUUAUAUAGUUUGAAGGAUUGAUGUAUAGGUCAAUAUGCGUUGACUAAUGAAGUGGACAAAUUAAUGUACAUAAUUAAGUGGGGGAUAACCCCUAUCUUGUGAAAUAGUUUUCGGAAUUGCCAUAUAUACUUGCUAGUCUUUAUAGCAAGGUUUAGUCAAGGUCUUGUAACCCUUCACCGUGUGCACAAGCACAAGCGUGAUUUAUUGUUAUCUGGUUUGAUGAAAUUAUCUUAGUUUUCUAUACUA